AUGUCGCGUGCUAUUGCAUUUUCCAUGCUCAGAGGGAACCAGACGAAUGAGUCGAUCAAGGUGUAUCUUGACUACUUGGUUGUUAAGGACAUGCACUUCAACAACUAUGUCGAUCACUGUGGAACGCAACCAUUUGACGAGAUAGUUAUAUGCUUUGGAUGGUUGGCAUGCGAAUCACGUCUCACUGCUCCUCAUCUGCCCGAUCGUAUCAUAUGGCAGUUUGGAUACACUCAAACCAUUCCCAAACACUCUGUUGUAUCUGCUCCUCAUGUUUUGACACAUAGACAGAUGGAUGACAUGUUUGAUGAUUAUGAGAGUCAUCUGGUUCUGGAGGAGGCACAAAGUACCAUAGCCCCGACUGACUGGAGCUACGUGGACGAGUACAUCAGGUGUUUCUUCAAGGUGUCACAUUCGUAUAUGGUGCAGGCUGCUCCAGGAGAUCCACCUAGGUCAUCUCAUUAG